AGCACUUCAUGUGCUCUAUGUAUAAGAAGAGUGGCGCGUCCAGCUCGGGGCUUCACACAGCUACUCAGGAGAAACGAAAUGAUCUGCCCUGGAGCCGCAGCAAAAUGCUGGAUGGACACCUACUCCUGGGAUGGUUAUCGUUCACACUGGUAGUCCUUGUCUUCAACUUGCCGCCACCCAGCGCAGCCUAUUUCGGGCUGACAGGUAAUGAGCCGCUGUCUAUCCUGCCACUGAACUCUCUACCGGAGGAGAGCGUGGGCCGGGCCCACUACAAGCUGUGCGACCGGCUCAAACUGGAAAAGAAGCAGCGCAGGAUGUGCAGACGUGACCCGGGCGUGGCGGAGACCUUACGAGAGGCCAUCACCAUGAGCGCCUUAGAAUGCCAGUAUCAGUUCCGCUUCGAGAGGUGGAACUGCACCUUAGAGGGGCGCCACCGAGCCAACAUGCUCAAGAGAGGAUUCAAAGAGACCGCCUUCCUGUACGCCAUUUCCUCGGCAGGACUGACGCACGCCAUGGCCAAAGCGUGCAGCGCGGGCCGCAUGGAGCGUUGCACGUGCGACGAGGCGCCCGACCUGGAGAACCGCAAGGCGUGGCAGUGGGGCGGCUGCGGCGACAACCUGAAAUACGCCAACAAGUUUGUCAAGGACUUUCUGGGCAAACGCUCCAACAAGGACCUGCGCGCACGCGUGGACAUGCACAACACCAACGUGGGCCUGAAGGUGAUCAAGGCUGGCGUGGAGACCACCUGCAAGUGCCACGGCGUCUCCGGCUCCUGCACCGUCCAGACCUGCUGGAGGCAGCUGCAGCCCUUCCACGAGGUCGGCAAGCACCUCAAGCAGCGCUACGAGACCUCGGUCAAGGUGGGCAGCUCCACCAACGAGGCCACAGGGGAGGGCGACAUCUCCGCCACGGGCCGGAGCCAACAACAUCAGCAGCCGCCUCCGCCCCUGCAGGUCAACGACCAGAUCCCCCGCACCAUGGACCUGCUGCACAUCGAGGACUCGCCCAGCUUCUGCAGGCCCAGCAAGUACUCGUCGGGCACUGCCGCCCGCAAGUGCUACAAGGACAUGAACUGCGACGCUAUCUGCUGCGGGCGGGGCCACAACACGCAGAGCUGGGAGGUGACGCGGCCCUGCCAGUGCCAAGUGCGCUGGUGCUGCUACGUGGAAUGCAAGCAGUGCACGCAGAGGGAGGAGGUGUACACCUGUAAGGGCUGAACGCCAUCACGGAAGUGGUGACACUGAUAAGCACUUUGAGGGAUUUUUUUUUUGGUUUGUUUUGUUUUUUUUUAAUUCAAAGACCAACUUCUUCUCAGACAACUGGGUGAACAUCUCAAGCCUUGAACAGACUCUGCUUACCAAACAGUUCUUUUCACGUGCAAGCAUAGCCAAGAGACUGAAGGACGACGCACGUGUGUUUGUAUUCGGCGACGGGGAUCCAUUGAUGACUUCCAACAAAAAACAGACAGGGUGUUAGAACUUUACACGCACAUAUCUACGCGCGCACACAUUGUGUGUUUGCAUAUGCAUGUAAAUAACUUUAUAAUAACGUUAUAGAUAUAUAUAUAUAUAUAUAUAUAUAUAUAUAUGUGCAUAUAUAUCUAUAUUGUAAAGACAUUAUACAAGCCACUUAUCUAACUUUAUGUUAAAACAAACCACUAAACUGCACAGACGCUUUGCCGUUUGCGCGACCGUUCCCGCCGGUUGGAAGCUUUAAACGAGGACUUCUCCAUCACGUGGCGGGGAAAACAAAUCUAAACUUUUUUUGUUGUUGUUAAGUAAUACAUACAUUUGCAGCUGUAAGUUGCAUUAUACACUUAACUGGACGCUUUAUUAGGGACACCUGAACACCCAAGAGAUCCAAUACAAGAGCUGUAUGUACAAUUGUGCUGUAGAACCAGCUCUCAAGUGUGACACAAUGCAAUUCUGCAUUACCAACAGCAAUAAUAAACAAUGUUAAAUAAAUACACUAUGGGAAUUAUGGUCGGGCUAUAUAUUUUGGACAAGUCCACAUGAGAACAGUUUGGGGGUAAAGUUACCUUUUCUGUUCCCUGGUUUGAAUUUGCGCAGGUGAACCUAAUAUUGUGACUGAUGGGUGGAUGCAAAUGAGGAAUACAAAUACUGUACGUCCCUCUGCCUUCAUCCGAACAACAUUCAGGGAAUGACUGGGACCACUACGACUGUUUAGGGUAACCAUCAAUCAUGAAGACGACAGCGGUCUUGCUAGAAAACUGUGGAUGGGCGUAGCCACCAUACGAUUACCAUUGAGCCAUAUUCCUCAUUUGCAUAAUCAGCCAGUCGUAGUAGACCGUGAAGAUUAAGGCUUCUGUAUUGUCUGCACUUAGCUUCUAGUAAUCGUCAUCUAUAAGAUAUCCAGUAUAUAGGAACUUGUGUAUGCCUUGUUUGUGACUACUGAGUGAGGGGGGACCCAGCUUUGUAUGACAGCCUUCGUUCCCACACUGAAGGCCAGAAAGCCCCUUUUUGUAAAUAGGUUUCUUCUUCUGUGGUAAAAAGGCACAUGUUCAACUAUUGUAGGCAACAAGCUACAGUGGUACCCUGCAGUUCAUCCAAAACUGUUGCCAUCGUAAAACUUUAAUUAACAGACAAUGUUUAAGGUCACAUUUACAUUAUUAACUGCCAUACAGUUAACAGGACACAUAUUACUUUCUCCCUUAACUCACGCAAGAAUUACAUGAAAUCAACUACUGAUGAUGUAAAACAAAGCUCACUCAUUAAUGAUUUGGCAGCUAGCACGAGAAGCCAAUGUAGCAGUCUACAUAUUUACUAAGUGCUCAUUGUCAGACAUGGAUAACACUUACGUUUCGAUCACAAGUGACAAGCAGCUAGCACGAGAAACUAACGUAGCAGUCUACAUCUCAACUCAGUACUCCAUGUCAAAUGUAAAACAUUUAAAACGUAACGAACACCAAUUAAACGCCACCUUUUGUUUAUAAUUGACAAGCAUGUGUCAGCUAUCAAGUUGACAGCUAGCAUUACAAGCUAAUGUCCAAAUGCAUAUAUUUGACCCAAAAAUCAGUUUUAGGGAGUUAGAACUUCAGGGUACCACUGUACAGAUUCUAAUCAUAGAUACUGCACCAUGCAACCGUGGUCCAGAAUUUGAAGCAUUUCGAUAAGCAAAUAAAAGACACACACAGAAGUUUGCACGCUACAUGCAAACCAUAAUAACUAUGCAGCGCAAAUGCCUGCUUGCCACAGCACACUUUUGGUAUGUGCUCAGCCCCCCUCCACCAAGAAAACACCGACUUCUCUUGGCUGGUGAACCCGUUGAAGACAAACAGGAAUACCAAAUGCCCACUGAGUGCAUUCUUUUGGCUUUGUUUAUAGAUUGUACAUACGGAGAAUGAUGCGGCAAAAGGAUGCUGAUGUCAUAGCACAUUCUCAAAAUCCAAAACUCUGCACUGUUUAGUUAGCAGUAGACCAUGUACAAAAAAAAAAAUCUAUUUUGUAGAAAAAAAUAAAUUAUUUUUUAAAUAUAUUAUAAGCAUGUGUUGAGUGUAAAUAUGACUACAUUGAUUUGAUAUCCUGUAUUUUCUUGUUUGUUUGUUUGUUUGUUUGUUUAUUUUCAAGACACAUGUAUCCAUAUGCAAACUUGCUGUUUUUUCAAAGCACUAACAAAAUCCUAACAAAUCUGUAUUCAUGUGCACCAUCACAACAAUAUUUCCAUUGGAUUUGAUCUGUUUGUAUAAUCGACUAUUUUGUGAAAAGUCUUUAUAGAUUGUUGUCACUUUUACAAGUACUUUUUGUUUUUGUUCGGUUUUGUGCCUUUCGUGCACAAGACACACACCCCGAUACCAACACACCAACAAGGUUUUUGUCUUGUCUUAUGGGAACCCUAAAUUAUUGUCCUCUACCUCAUGUGUAUAGCUCGUAGAUAUAAGCAGAUCACAAGUGACUGGUAAGAAUGUAUUUAAGUUAUUUAACAUCUUUGUAUAACAAAGGCGAGACAAGAAAUCUGAAAUAAUAAAAAUGAAUUUUUUAAAAUUA